AUGCGUCUCCUCUCCCUCCCCAGCCAUGCCCUCGUGGCAUUCCUGACUCUCAAGUCAGCUUCAGCUCGAGUUCUGAACAAGAGAGACAGCCCGGUCCUCCCAGGUCUCUGGGCGGACCCCAACAUCGCCAUCGUCAACAAGACGUAUUACAUAUAUCCCACCACCGACGGCUUCGAAGGCUGGGGCGGCAACUCAUUUUACUGGUGGAAGUCCUCUGAUCUCGUCUCGUGGACAAAGAGUGAAGAGCCAUUCCUUGUCCUGGACGGUGAGAACGGCAAUGUUCCCUGGGCGACUGGCAAUGCUUGGGCACCAGCAUUUGCUGCUCGCGAUGGGAAGUACUAUUUCUACCACAGUGGAAAUAAUCCCUCGGUUCAGGAUGGCCACAAGAGCAUCGGUGCUGCUGUCGCCGAUCAUCCUGAGGGGCCUUGGAAGGCGCAGUCUAAAGCAAUGAUCAAGGGCACCAAAGAUGAGGAGAUUGUCAGCAACCAAGCAAUCGACCCCGCAGCCUUUGAAGAUCCCGAAACUGGAAAGUGGUACGUGUACUGGGGCAAUGGCGUGCCAAUCGUGGCAGAGCUGAACGACGACAUGGUCUCGCUCAAAGCGGGCUGGCACAAGAUCACAGGCCUGCAGGACUUCCGCGAAGGUCUUUUCGUCAACUACCGUGACGGAACAUAUCACCUGACAUACUCCAUCGACGACACAGGCUCCGAGAACUACCGCGUUGGCUACGCCACAGCCGACAAUCCCAUCGGGCCUUGGACAUACCGCGGGGUUAUUCUACAGAAGGAUGUGUCUCAGGGCAUUCUCGGCACAGGACACAGUUCGAUUAUCAACAUUCCUGGCACGGAUGAGUGGUACAUUGCAUAUCAUCGCUUCCACAUUCCUGAUGGUGGCGGUUUUAGACGGGAGACUACCAUUGAUGUGUUGCCGAUUGAUGAGGAUACAGGGUUGUUUUCAAAUGUGAAGCCGACUUUGGAGAGUGUGAAGCCGCGGCCUUUGUAG